AUGCUUCGACGGCAUCCGACCCGGGUGGAAGAACGGCCUGACGUAGCGGACGAGUACGAAGCCUAUCUGUUGGAGAAGGAGCAAAAGACUGGGAAUAAGAGCAAGACCAGUCAGCAGCCGUCUUCAAUUAGUGGUGCGGAAAGUGACGCAAUGACGACACAGCAAGAAAAGCGACGACAGGAGAUUCGGGCUCGCAUUGGAUUAAGCAGCUCUAGAGAGCUAGAAAUUACUGAGGCGGAACGAUCAUCUGGACCGCUUUUUAUUAGUAAUCUUAAUUAG